CCCGCACGCUUGUACCUUCUCCCCGCCCCCCCUCCCUCAGCCCCAUCGCCCCGCCCCGGCUGCGGGGACCGGGCGGAGCGGAGCGGGGUAUUAUUUAGCAUGGAAAAAGAUGAUUUCUUUGGAGAAAAAACAUUCCAGCAUUAUUGUGCAGAGUUCAUUAAACAUUCACAACAGAUAGGGGAUGGUUGGGAAUGGAGAACAUCAAAGGACUGCUGUGAUGGGUACAUGUGUAAAACACAUUUUCAAAUAAAAAAUGAGACUUCAAUGUCAUAUCCAGGAAAAUCUGCUAGUGUACAGACAUGUUCUCCCAUGGAGGAAGCUUUAGAGCUACCCUCAGAUGAUUCUGAAGUGCCUGGGACUACUGCAGUGUCUGAAGUAGUUAAAUAUGAGUAUCAUGUCUUAUAUUCCUGCAGCUACCAAGUGCCUGUACUUUACUUUAGGGCAAGCUUUUUAGAUGGGAGACCUUUAUCCCUGAAGGACAUAUGGGAAGGAGUUCAUGAGUGCUAUAAGACACGACUACUACAGGGACCAUGGGACACUAUCACCCAACAGGAACAUCCAAUCCUUGGGCAACCCUUUUUUGUAUUACAUCCCUGCAAGACAAAUGAAUUCAUGACUCCUGUAUUAAAGAAUUCACAGAAAAUCAAUAGGAAUGUCAACUAUAUCACAUCAUGGCUGAGCAUUGUAGGGCCAGUCAUUGGGCUGAAUCUCCCUCUGAGUUAUGCCAGAGCAGCUUCUCGGGAUGAAUGACAUAUUGACAAGAUCUUCUGUUGAACUUAGCAGCUAUGAAAUGAAGACCAAGAGAUGGCUGUAGUAGAGCACUUGCCUGACCAAGUGCUGGGUAUUCCAAAACCAGUACUGCCACAAAAAUGUUUGAUUAAAAAAUAGAACACCCCAGACUUUACCUGAUU